UGACAGAGGAAGAAGAAGAAGCUAGCAACAGCAGCGCGGUGUGGCGUGUUCGGUUAAAAAGUUGUCAAAAUGCCCGUAGAUUUGGAUCAGUGGACCGGGCCUCUUUCUUUGACGGACGUUGAGGAAAAGCCUGCACGCCCUCUGGAUGUAAAAUAUGGCCUGGUGACAAUUGACGAGCUUGGCAAAGUGCUCACACCAACGCAGGUGCAGAACAGACCCACCUCCAUUGACUGGGAGGGGUGCGACUCCUCAAAACUCUACACCCUGGCCUUGACUGACCCGGAUGCUCCCAGCAGACGCAAUCCCAAAUUUAGGGAGUGGCAUCACUUCCUGGUAGUCAACAUGAAGGGCAAUGACGUUUCCACUGGCUGUGUUAUGUCAGACUACGUGGGCUCUGGCCCACCAAAGGACACAGGUCUUCACCGGUAUGUGUGGCUGGUGUACGAGCAGUCAGGCAGCCUGUCUUGCACUGAACCCGCCCUCAGCAACCGCUCUGGUGAUAACCGUGGCAGGUUUCAGAUCAAGAGCUUCAGAAAGAAGUAUAACCUGGGAGACCCCGUGGCUGGAACCUGCUACCAGGCUGAGUGGGAUGACUAUGUCCCCAAACUGUAUGAGCAGCUGGCUGGAAAGUAAAAUAACCACUGAAAUAUAGAUCACUGAGCACUCGGGCUUCCUGGCCUGACAGAAACAAAAGCCCCCAAGAACAGAAUGUUUUCAAUCCACAAUACCAACAAUAAAAAGAUGGUUACAUACAGA